GCGCUGAUUUUGGGCGUGACGUAACUCAACGAUGAAGACUAGUGAUAAGGACAGACGGUAUGAUAGACAGUUGAGACUAUGGGGUGAUCAUGGUCAGUACGCACUUGAACACGCUAAAGUGUGUCUGUUAAGAGCAGGGGCUUUAGGGGCAGAAAUUCUUAAAAACCUCGUGCUUCCAGGUAUCGGGAGUUUCACAAUCGUAGAUGACUCUUCUGUAACAGAAGAUGACUUGGGGAGCAAUUUCUUUCUUUCAGAAAACCAUUUAGGGAUGGGAAGAGCUCAAGCGGUAACAGAGAGCCUAAUGGAAUUAAAUGAAGAAGUGAAUGGGAAUUACCUGAUUGAAGAUGUUCAUGACUUGAUUGAGAAGGACCCUCAAAUUUUCCUCUCUUUUGAUGCUGUUAUUGUUACGGAUGCCAGAGAAAAGUUGUUAAUUCGUCUCAGUCAACUCUUGCAUGGUACUUCAAUAACCCUAAUUGUAUGCUUCAGUGUUGGUAUUGUUGGCUAUUUAAGAAUCUGUACUCCUGAGCAUGUAAUUGUAGAAUCACAUCCAGAUUCUUUUUGCCCAGAUUUAAGACUUGAUCGACCACUACCUGAUUUCAUCAGAAUGGUGAAUGAACAACCAUUAGAAGUAAUGACAUCUGAACAACUUAUUCAUACACCUUGGCUAAUAAUUGUUUAUGUAUUUGUACAGAAGUUUAUUUCCCUUUAUGGUCAUUUCCCACACAACCAUAUAGAAAAAACAGUAGUCAAAGAUAUGAUCUCUAAAGGUGCAACUGAACUAUGGAGUGAAUUACAGAAACGUGAAAAUAAUCUAGAUUCAUCUCAUGUACUAGAGAAUUUUCAAGAGGCUUGUCGUUCAGUCAACACAGCAGUUUUACCGACAACAAUUCCUUUGAAGGUGAAAAAACUACUCGAGGAUGAUCGAUGUGAUGAUGCUUGCUUGAUGAAUACGGAUAUUUCUCAGUCAUUCAGUACCUUAUCUAGUCGUGAUUCAAUUCAUUCAACUAUAUCAAAUAUGAAAUUUUGGCGUUUAGUUCGAGCUCUACGUGAUUUUAUUGGACAGGAAGGUGAAGGUCAAUUACCUGUACGUGGUAGUCUUCCCGAUAUGAUAUCUGAUUCACAACGUUAUCUAAAACUAUUAUCCAUUUAUCGAGAACGUUCUGAAUGGGCAGUUGAACGUCUUGCAUCCAGAUUAAUGCAGUUUCCUGAUAUAACUAUGGAAGAUAUACGUCUUUUCGUUCGAAAUGCCAGCUUCUUAGAUAUUGUCCGUUGUCGGUCAUUAGAAGAAGAAAUGAAAUUGUCACCGGCACGUUCAGAUGAUCUUACAUUACUCCCAACUCAUGAAGAGAAUGAUGCUAUGCUAUGGUAUUUAGUUCUUCGUGGGGCUAACAGUUUCUUAAUGGAGAAUGGACGAUGGCCUGGUUGUUUACAACCAUAUAUUACAAAAUGUAAAAUGAUUCAUAAUUAUUCUGCAAAUGUUUUAACAUCUACAGAACAGUCAUAUACAUCCGAAGAUUAUUCAUAUUCAUCUAAUAUGAAUAUAAUUCAAUCUGAUCUGCCUAGAUUACGAAUUCAUUUAAAUCGUGUUCUACAAUCAUUUGGAAUUGCUUCGAAUCGUGUUAGUACAGACUACUUAGAGGAAAUAUGUCGAUUUGGUGGUGGAGAAUUGCAUUCAGUAGUUGCAUUUAUGGGUGGAGUUGUAGCUCAAGAAGUUAUCAAGUUAAUCACGCAUCAAUUUAUCCCAAUAUCCAAACCAAUGAUCUAUAAUGCUAUACAUCAAAGAUUGAAUUCUUAGAUUUCUAGUUGUUUGUUAUGAGAAAAAGGUUUUCUAUUGUAUUAUGUAUGUUUAAUGAUAAACAUGUUUUGUCAUUCUUAGUUACCAUUUCUGUGUUCUACUGUUUUUUCAAUGAAAUAAAAUAUUCGUUGUAUGAGGUGUAUAUCUAUUUGUAUAGUCCUAUGGUGUAGUAUAUAAGAACGAAUAAUGAAAUAAACUUUUGGACCUUG